UAGCUAACACAUAUAAUUAAGGAUACAAAGCUAUAUGGCGAGGAAUUUCAGAUGCAAUAAGUAUUUUAGCCUAUAAUUAUAUUUGUAGCACAAUACACCAUUUAUGUUUCAUCCUCUGUUUUGUUUUAAAGUUGCUCUUUUGGGGAUAACAAGAAAUAAUAUAAAUGUGGCAGAAGAUGUUGGGCAUGCUCAAGUGUGUGUUGCUGUUGAGACUUCUUCAAUGGAGUGUCCACUUGAUUAUCCAUUUGAUGUUCAAGUCAGGACCAUUGAUUACAGUGCAGUUUCUCCAGAUAAUUUUACUGCCCAAAAGAUGACUUUGACAUUUCCACCCUGUACCCCUUCACUCUGUGUGAACAUCACCAUCAAUGAUGACAGUACUCUUGAGAAAGAAGAGGUGUUUAACGUGUUGCUUGACUUAGAUGGUGGAGCUUCUGAGCACAACAUUACCCUUGUCAAAAACAAAACGAUGGUGGUGAUCAUGGACAAUGAUGUGGACGUUGUUUUGGAGUUGGAAAGUGUAUUUGUCGAGGUUUUUGAAGAUGAGGAUGCUUCACUUUGUGCC